GAACAAUCCCAGCUCUCGCAGCCUUUCCUCCCAGCAGAGCUGCUCCAUCCCUCUGCUCAUCCUGGAGCCUCCUCCGGAUUCUCUCCAACAGCUCCGCGUCCUUGCUGUGCUCAGCUCCCCCCCGGCUGCCAUUCCCAAACUCCUCCCGCUUGUCCCGGCGCCUCUCCCCCCUCACCCCUCCGCUUCCCCCGCACCUGCGGGGCGGUGCCGGGCGGGGCGGAGGGAGGGGUCGCUGCCGGGGGGUCCCCUGCUAUUUAACAGGGCGGGCUCGGAGCCGCCCCGCACCAUGCACCCCUUCGGGCCGCCCCCGCCGCCCGGCCGGGACCCGCGGGAUGCCGCGGGAUGCUCGGCUCCCUUCCCGGGCCCGCAGCCGCCCGCAGCCAACCCGUACCUGUGGCCGGGCGGCCUCUCCGCUCCGUGCCUGCCCUCGGGGGCCGUGCUGGGCGCGGGGGCGGAGCGGGGGUGGCCGGCGCUGUCGCCGCUGUCCCCGGCUCGGCCGCCCUACUCGUACUCGGCGCUGAUCGCCAUGGCCAUCCACAGCGCGCCCGGCCGCCGCCGCACGCUCAGCCAGAUCUACCAGUUCGUGGCCGAGAACUUCCCGUUCUACCGGCGCGGCAGGGCCGGCUGGCAGAACUCCAUCCGCCACAACCUGUCCCUGAACGACUGCUUCAGGAGGGUGCCGCGGGAUGAGGGCGAUCCGGGCAAAGGCAGCUACUGGACGCUGGACCCCGACUGCGAGAAGAUGUUCGACAACGGGAAUUUCAGGAGGAGGAGGAAGCGGCGAGCGGAGGGGGCCGGAGCGGCGGAGGCGGCCGGGGACAGCGGUGGGGACCAGCGGGUGGCGCGGCCACCCCCGCCCGAGGCCACCGCCCGCUACGGCCACGCCGGGGGCCAGGCCUGACUGGGCUCACCCCCAGCUGAACUCGGGCACGGGAGAGAGAUGGUUUUGUCCGGUGGAAAUGGUUUUCAAGGAAGAAGACAUUUAAAUGAUAGCCUCUGUUUCCUUUUCCAAGCAGGGUAGGAUCCUGUCCAAGGGUCCAAGCUGCCUCUGGGCUGGGGUAUUAAUUCCCUAAGGAAUGGGCACACAUUUGACCUGGGAAGGAUGGAGAAACUCCUGCCUGGCAGCGCUGGAGGACCCUUCCCAAGACCCCGGACCUCAGCGCUGGGCAAGAAAUGAUUUCACUGAACCCACAUUUCCUUCUGCUCCAGGAUACAAAAUUCCAGAUCUGACUGUAAGGGCUGAAUUCCCGAUUUUCUCCUGGGAUAAGGAGAAAGGGCCCUGGAAAAGCAGGAAAACAGAACCCCAGGAGGCUGCAGGAGAUUCCAACUUCCCCAGCGUGGUCCUUGCUGGCUCACCUGGGUCCUGGGGCAGGGAAAUCCAUGGAGAACUCGGUGAAAGGACCACAUUCCACUGCAGAACCUUUUUCCAGGGACAGUUCUAGAUGAUGAUUCAGUGUGUAUGUGGAGGCCCCCAUUUGUAUUUCUCCGUGCUUCUGUUGUGCUCUGAUCCUAUUUUUGUGUAUGGGAAAGGAGAUGUUUUUAAAAUAAAUCGUUGGAGCAGGGAAGUUGCAAUCGCUGGGAGCAAAAGCAGUGCCUUGAAGGAAGGGCUGCAGCAGGUAAUGAGGCUCUGGGCUAAUUACAGCUGCAGGCUUUUGUGGGAAAGGUGGUGGGAUGCUGGGAUGGGCCAGAUUCCCAAGGAAGCCCAGAAAUAAUGGAGGUGGUUUCACCAGGAGGGUGCCUGGGAAUCAGCCCAGGGGCUGGGAUGAGGCUCUGGAGGAGCCAUUCCACACUGGGAGAAGGGCUGAGGAGGUGAGUUGGGGAUGUCCAAAGUGAAGUGUGCACCCUGUGACCCCCUCCUGCUGUCCCCAGACCCCUGCCACUGGUUUGUCACUGGUUUUCUGUGUCUGUGGGAGCUCAGGAAGUUUAACACAGGUGAGAAUUACGGGAUGUUCCUGCAGUUGGAUGCCAUUUCUGCUCUCUCCUGGUCUUGGAAAUAUUAGACAUCCAAUGGGGGGAUUGGUUUCUGUGCAGGGCCAGGAGUUGGAAUCACUGAUCCUGAUGGGUCCCUCCCAGCUGAGGAUAUUCCGUGAUUCUGUUCUGUAAUUCCUGCUGGAAUUUAGAGCAAUUUGUGCUGCCAGGAACAGGUUUUGCAUCAUUUUCACCAUUUCCCCCUCAAUAAACUAAACAGGAUUGAAAAGGUUUUGCUGUUUGAGGGAACACCCAAACAGAGCAAGAAACCCAUGGUUCAUUUCAGCCAGGGUGCACUGGGAAAUGGGAAUGACAUCAAUAAGUUAUGGAAAAGCUUGGGAAAGAACAGAGUUCUGGAAGCUCCACGCUGUGCUUUUCACAGGGGAAGGUGCAGCUCUGGCAAGGAAACAACAACCGUGGUUCUUUAUUCAGGGAUAGACCCAUGGAAGUAGGGAUCUGGCCUGUUCCUUUACCCAACAGGAUAAACAUCCAGGAAUUCUGUACUCUGGAGCAACGUGUUGCCCUAAAUAAGGAAGAGAAGGGGCUGUCAAAGACUCAUAAAUGAGGAUUUGGGGAGCAGGCAGUGAUGCAGGGCAUGUAAGGAGAGUUUGCACCUUUGAACAUUUAAUCCUGGGCUGUGCUCUGAGCCCAACUCGGGGCUGGAGGGUUCCCGAAGAAAAACCCCAUCCCUCCUCACCCCUGGCAGCUUUUCCUCCCAGGAGGGGCUGGACAGAGCCUGGCAGUGCAGGGGAUUCUGGCUGUGUGCAAGCAGUGCCUGUGGGGUGUCCCCUGGACUAACCUGGAGGGAUGGAAAAUUCCCCAAACCACACAGGGUCUAUCCCUGCAAUGCCUCUGAGGGCAGCAGAGGCUGCAGAGCAGAGCUGGAGGCUUCACUUCUUCAGCAAUGAGUCUGUGAAUUAUUUUGCUGGCUUUAAUUGAUGUUCUUCCAGUCUCAGUUCUAUUUGAACCCAGUUGCAGCAGCAAUAAAUCUCUAUUUUCAGCGUGAUUAUCACUCAGGAGGAGUCCAUCACAAAUGCAAACAGGAUGUGAUAACUCAGAUUUAUUUCUCCUUUUUUCUUUUCAAUUUUCCCUCUGCUCCAACACUCGCCUGUGAUAAAUCCUUGUUAAGCACUGGGAUUUCCCUGUGCUUUACUGUGGGAUAACACGGCUUCCCAGGAUUUUUUUGUUGGAAAACAGAAGAGGGAGUAUUAAAUUUUAUAUUGUGGGAGGAAAAUCAAUACAAACCCGAGUUUCCAUGUUCUUGGGAGUCAUCAGGGCUGGAGGGAAAGGAAGUUGUAAGUAGCUGUUAGUACAUAAAAAGAUCAGGAAGCUCAUCCUUUUCUAUGGGUUGUGUAGAAUUCCAUGCUGUAGGAGACAGGAAUUCGAGCCCUGGAGAAAAAUACUUGGGAAUAUACGUGGUGGGAGCAGGUUGGAUGUGAAUGAUUUGUCUUGGAACCCACAGAACCCAGCUCUGUGUGGUGUCUGGGUUUUUUCGGGAUCGUUGCAUUUCCUUGGAAUCCUGGGAGCACCCAGGGACCAAAUCCUGCUCCUGUAGGACUCCAGCUCCUCUCCCUGUGCUCCCAGGGGUAUCCAGGCCCUGGGAAGCACCUGGUGAGGGGCUGGAUUUAUUGCUUUGGGGAUGGAACUGGUUUUUCCUGCUGCAAUGGUGCCAGACAACAACACUCCAUGAGAAUUCGGGAUUCUUGUCCUGCUCCCGACACUCAGCUCUGGGAUUUCUUCUUGCCCAGAAAAUCUUCCAUCCCUGGAAGUGUCCAAGGCCAGGUUGGAGUGCCCUGGGAUAGUGGAAGGUGUCCCUGCCCAUGGGAUGCCCAUGGAUGGGUUUUAAGGUCCUUCCAACCCAACCCACCCUGGGAUUUGGGCACCCCAAUUUGCCAAGCCCAGCUCCCCGUCCCACUCUUUGCCCAGGGACUGUUUGGAAAUGCUGGAUUUUUUCUGGAUAAUGCUCUGAGACACUCCUGGAGGGGAACAGGUCCAGUAAGUGCUGAGUGAGGAAUUGCAGAAGGGGAAAUGGUACCUUGAAGUAGGGGAAAAAUCGAGCUGUAAGAAGAGCACCUCUGGUGUUGACUCUGAGAUCUUGUGGGUGGAACAGGGACUAAAAACUCCGUUCCUGCCUGCAGCAGUGGCAUCUCAAAGCCCAGUCUAUCAGCCAGGAUUAAUCUGCUCUUUUCACUGAGCUUUCAGCCAAUAUGACAGCACACGGCUGAGCUGUGUUUGCCUUUCUUUUAAGGAAAACACUUCUUUAUCACCUGGAUAACCACGGAGUAAAAGGAAGAAUUUUUCAUUCUGGGGUGAUGUCUGCUGUGCUUGGUGAAGGAUUUCAUAUUAUUGUCUCUGAUAUCAGCUUAGAUCAUUUACAACUGUCAGGUUUUGAUAGAACUGGUAUUUUAUUUUAUUUUAUUUUAUUUUAUUUUAUUUUAUUUUAUUUUCAUUAGGGGCCAAACUUGCGCAGUGUUGCUGCUUAUGCAGAGCCCAAAGGCACUCGUGAGUUGUUCCAUUUUGUGGAGAUGAACUCAUUAAUUUUUCUUCAGACUAAGAAAAGCCAAUACAAAACCAUUUCCUGUGCUGAAGUUAAGUCACUUUCUGAUCACUUCACAGCAGCAGAAUAGCAGAGACUCUUUUUAAAAUAAACUUGGAUUUUUGCUGUUCAUUUCUAGCUGGGAUUUUUUUACUUACAAUUGCUUUUGGAAAGAUCAAUACAUUUUAUCAGGCCUUUUAUGAAACGUCUUCAAACUCUACCCUGGAGCUUCUUGCUCAUAUUAAGAUUAUUUUCCUACAGCCUGAAGGUGAAUAAAGUUCUUUACAGUGCCCAAGUGUGUAGGUGAGCAAGGGAUGUGCUCAGACCUUGUGAGGUGUAAAACAGCAGUGAGAAGAACUCACAGCUCAGCUCCAGUCCCUUUCUCCUCUGAAAGGAAAGCUCCAGCCAAAACACAACCCAAAAAUCACACAAAGAAGUUGUUUGGGGGAAAGAUUCCUCUUCUCCACAAGUGGAAAUGUUUGGGCAGUGCUGGAACAAAUCCAGGCUGCCUGGGAACCUCGUAACGGAGGAACAGCCCCAAGAGGGAAAGAGUUUUAACACCAUAAUUAAAGGGUUUGGAUUCCAAUGAGCAAUUUUGAACAUCAGGCUUCCUUUUGUUUCAAAGUUACACGUCCCAUCCCUUCAGGUUCCCAGUGUGAACUUGCUGGAGCUCACAGAAUUCCUGGAGAUUUUUUCCCCCUUCACUUUGGUUUCUAUAAUGGGAUAAAUAAACAUCUCACAGCUUGUUGAGCUCCAAGAAAUAAAAGUGGGGUUUCAAGCUGUUGCUUUAGGAUGGGAAGCCAGGGAUUCACAGUUUCUUACUACAAACAAGCUUAAAGGAGAGAUUUUAUCCCUUUUUAGAGGAAGGAACUUCUGUAUCCAGGUCUGUCCUCAAGCUGAGUUUUGGGGUUGCCAACACAGUGGGUGGGACAGUUGGAAUUAGCAGGAAAAGAUUGACCUGCUAAUCUAAAAUAGUCCAGAAAGAGCUCAUUUGGCACAUAUUGCAUCCAAACAUUGCUUUGUUUUUAGCUGUGCAAAGGCUUUCCUUGACACAGCAACCCUGAGCCAUGAGCAGAGGAAAAGGGGUUUGCACUGCUGCCACAUCAGGGGGCAUUUCAAAAAAGAGGAAAUUUUAAGGAUUCAAACUUAAGCUCUGCUUUAAAUACAUAAAUCUAACUUUUAAUAAUGACACCUCUUUGGAAACUGUAUUUUAAUGUACAUAUUGGCAUAUAAAAACUCUGUUGUGGGGUUUAUCCAUCUCAAUUUAGACGGGAAGUUCUAACAGGGAUUUGGUUUUGUUAACGUUUCCUUUCAGCACUCAAACCCACGGAUGUUAAGGAUGCAGAAUAAACACAUUUUUUAUCUGCUGCGACUCAUGAACAUUUCAAGUCAGAUUUCUGCUGUUGGGGCACAAAGCUUUGUUUGAAAUGACACAUUAGUGACAAAUGUUGAUAUUUAAUACACCAUUCCCUUCAUCAACAGCUAAUUACCACAAUUA